AAAUAUAUUAUUUAUAGAGCAUGGCAGGAGAAGGAAAGCCUCAGCUACAUGAAGUGUAUGCUGCGCUCUCAGUAUUAUAUGAUACUCAGAACAGAGAUAAGCUUGGAGUAGAGAAAGCUUCCACAUACCUGAGCCAUAUCCAACAAAGUGUUUGGGCUUGGGAACUAGCUGACACCCUGCUUAUUCAAAACAAAGGAAAGGAGAACAAUAAUUUUGCUGCUACUAUGUUGCGUAAUAAGAUCCAAAAAGAGUUUCGCGAGCUUCCUGAGAAUAGUCAUGCAUCUUUAAGAGAUUCCUUAUUGAAACAUCUGGACUUAUAUCGUGAAGGUGAUGCAGUUUUAGUGACCAAGCUCUCGUUAGCUGUGGCAGAUCUUGCUCUGCAAAUGGUUUCCUGGAAGAAUGUAGUCAAUGAUCUUGUAGCAAGGUUCUCUCAAGAUUCUAAGUCAUGGACUGUCCUACUAGAAUGUUUGACUGUCCUUCCAGAAGAGGUUGGAAGCAGGUAUCUGAAACUGGGUGCCGCACGACGAGAGGAGGUCACAACUCAACUUCAAGCCUGCUCAGCCACUGUCUUCUCCUUCCUGGAGUUUGUAUCUGCUAACAGUGCAUCGCUCCCUAACCCUGACUUUACUCACAAUCAUGUGUUCAGAUGUUGGGGCAGCUGGCUUGUGUUAGGUGAGUUUGAUGCACGUGCAGUCGCGCAAGGGAAGAUACUCCCGAAGAUAUUCGAGAUUGUGACAGUAAACACACCCUGUCACACGUGUUAUGACAGUGCUUGUGACGCGGUCUGCAGCGCUACUUACGCAAUGGAGGACCUUCACGUCAACAGAGAACUGGCGCUACAGAUAGUGCCACGAUUAGCAGCAUUACAACCAACACUAGUAAACGCUAUUAACACUGAUAACUUGGAUGUAGUGAAUAGCAUAACGAGGAUAGUUACAGAAGCUGGUGAGUCCCUCAUUUCCCCCCUCACGAAAACACCUGGUAAAGACCUUGGUGAUUUAAGUGUGGUGUCUACUAUCCUGGCAGCUAUACAGUUCCCUGAUUAUAGUGUUGCAGAGAGUUCGUUUAGUUUUUGGUUCCAACUAGCUGAAAAUAUCUACCGUGCUCCUGAUAUGGAGAUCGUGGAAACUUACAAACCUGUCUUUAUACAGCUCCUCAAUACUUUGGUUAAACUAUGUGAACUUUACGACGAGUUUGAGGAGUCUUCUUUUGAUGACGAGGACUUUCUGGAUUUUAGAGAUAAAUGUAGUGAUCUUUUCAAGGACAUUGUUUACAUUGUCGGAAUACGACCAGUGUUAGAACUACUGUUAGCGGGAGUAGAGCAGACUCCACCAGACCAGUGGCAGAGGCUGGAGUCCAUGCUCUUCUGCAGCAGCUGCGUCAUAAAGAUACUGAGCCGUGCUGACUCGGACAUAGUCAUGAGAUACCUGAAGGCAGCACUAGGAAUACCGACUACUGCUAACCAGAACUUGAGAGUAAUGAGUGUAAAAGUGUUGGGGGAGUGUGCAGAGUGGGUCACUAUUGAGCAACAAGUGUUAAACCACGUGCUUCAGAAACUAUUACAAGAACUACGAGACAAGAAGCUAGCAUCACACUGUAUCAAAACAUUAGAGAAGUUGUGCCAGAUGGGGGGCGAAGUGUUGCAGUCCCACCUUGAACUGCUGAUACAGAUUAUAGAGCAGGCAGAGGAGGUGCCUCACAGUACCUUUACUGCUUUUAUUGAGUGUGUUGCAGGUAUAUGUUCCUACCAGCCACUAGCCCUACAGUCUCCCCAUCUCAUGAGGAUAGCUAACCGAUCUCUUCUGAGUCUCGCUAAGAAUCCUGCAGAUCCUGUUAAAGAUAUAGACAACAUCAGCUCCAUAUUCCGCGGAUAUAAAGGAGAAGUAGCUCCAACUGAUGAGAGUCCUUUACAAGCUGUGUUUGUAGCAACUUGGCCCCAUCUCAGCGUCGCACUUCUCUCCUGUGCUAACUCUGUUAACAAUAUUGAGCGUGUGUGUCGCUGCAUCAGGUACGGUUUGCGGAGUGUCGGAAAGAAGACUCCCCAGAUUCUAGAACCACUAGCUGAAAAACUAAUACAACUGUAUAAUAUAAAACCUCACAGUUGUGUGCUCUAUCUCUCAAGUGUGAUAGUUGACGAGUUUAGUUCUGAUGUCAGACUGGAGGAAGGACUGUUAGGACUUUUCAGUGCAAUGGGCCCGAAGACGUUUGAGAUAUUAUCAGCACCACAUGGUUUAGAAAGAAACCCAGAUACAGUAGACGACUUCUACAGGCUCUGUAGCCGAUACAUUCAACAUGUUGGUUCUAGAGUGGUGAGCAGUCCAAUAAUGAUACACUUGGUUGACAUAGCCACCAACUGUUUAUCACUUCAACACAAGGACGCACAAUGUUCCGCUAUCAAGUUUAUGGACACACUCAUGCAGCGAGCUAACAAUGAGAAAUGUCCUCAUUCUCUCGGUCAAAUCAAGAGAAAGGGACAAGAUAUGGUUAACAGUAUAGUUCUAGGUGUGUCAGGAGGUUUGCCACCCUCUCUCCUCACUGACCUCUGUAUUCUCCUGCACGACCUAUUAGCUGCACUUGGAGAGGAGGCGCGCGCUUGGCUCCGUCUCGCUCUCGGCACCAUACCACUCGGAGCCUACGUGACACAGAAGCAAGUUGAGGAACUGUACCACAACGUGACAGCAUCGACUACAUUACCACGUGACACAGUCCGAUACUGUAAGGAGUUCAACCAGUGCUUCUCCUAGUGACGUCAUAGUUACCGGUCCUUCCUUUAGUGACGUCAUAGUUACCAGUCCUUCCUUUAGCUUUAGUGACGUCAUAGUUACCAGUCCUUCCUUUAGCUUUAGUGACGUCAUAUCACCAGUCCUUCCUUUAGUGACGUCAUAGUUACCAGUCCUUCCAUUAGCUUUAGUGACGUCAUAUCAUACGUGCCCUUACGUCAGCUGGUUCAUUCAAUUCACAUUCAGCUAAAAGAUACGCAAUUACGUGACCCCCAACUACAUGGUUUUGUUAUCAUGUUUCACAUCAUCAAAAUAUUUGCGCUUAUGUGUCAAUGUGUGGCUGGAGCAGACCUGUGUGAGCCGAAACUGCACAGGAAACUAACCUUCUAGUUAACCAGCUAAAGUUCACUGUAUAAUUGUUUCUGAGAAGGCUGAUUCAGAAGUAUCAAGAUUUACAUUGGUCAAUUAAUUAACUUGUUAGUUAAUUGUAGAUAAUUUUAAGAUCACAGUUUCACUUUAACCUCACUGUUGGUUUUGUAUUAUGUAAAAGUAUAAAUGUCACCACUGCGUUCCCCAUUAAUAUAAUAGAUUGUUCUAAACUUGAUUCUAGCAUAUUAUUAUCUGAAAUGUGCUUUGCUUACGAUGAUAACUUUAAUACAGCUGGCUAUUUAUAAGUGUUUGAUCGCAUUAGUUUUAUUUAGUUAACUUGAGAUUAACUUUAUUACACUAUUAUAGCUAAAUCAAAUUGUGUAUUCAUCUUGCUGAAGCGUGCUAGCGUAUAAAUGUGAAGUUAAAAAUUCUGCUACUUUCUGCGACGGAUAUUAUUAUUUUAUACGAUAUACUGUAUGCUGAACCUUGCAAAUGUUUGUCGAGAUUUAAGCAAAGACUUGUAUUACCGUACACAAUGGCUUAGCUUUAUUGGUUUGGUAUAGUUGUACUGUACUAGGUAUGCGAUCCUUGUGCAAUCCUUGUUAUACCGAUAUUUUUUAUCGAAUUAGUGAAAUUUAAGUGAGAACUUAGUGAGAUGAGUUUGGUGAGGUAUGUUGAGUUUGGUAUGUUGAGUUUGGUGAGAUUGAACUAGUGAGAUGAAAAUCUAUGAGUUGAGCGUGUUCUAGGGUUCAAUUGAGAAGUACAACCCCGGCUUUACCCCUGAUAUUUUUGAUUUUAUACCUUAGAAUUUACCUUCUUGACCUCGUGUUCAGGGACAUCUAUUUUUUGUUCCCAAUUUGUUCCCGAAUUUGUUGUUCCCAAAUAGUAAAGCCUGGGUUAUAUGAUAAAUGUAAUAUUUAGAGUUUUAAAGC